AUGCUCUGCGAGCUAUGCAACUCCAUCAACUUCGUAAAAGCCAACGUCGACCCAGGAGAAGUCUGGAGGCUCGGGACUUUUCGCCGUGGUUACAGACAUCACCGCAGUGUCUUAGCGCUCCUCGAGUCUGCAGACAAUGGUUGCGAGCUAUGCAGCGUGCUCUGCCGUGCCGCCAAUCUCGACGAGAAAAAGGCACAAAAACAUGACCGCAUUCAUCCCGAGUCGCAAAUCUACUGUAUCCUGAAGAAUAGCUUCAAUGGGGACUUUUGCGCUGACGUCAAUGGUGAUUUGUAUCAUGGCCGCUCUCGCAUCUCUUUCGAACAAGACUGUAUUAAGAGCUCGAGGAUGACGGAAGCAUUCAAAUGCGAGCUCAGCAUCUUCUGUGAAGAGGAUUCAUUAGCUGCAAAUAUGGAUAUCAUAAGCGGGCGUGCAAUCGUGCCUGCAGACUCAGACGAGGCUAUCUCUCUCGCUCAGCGUUGGAUUCAAACGUGUCUCCGUGAGCAUGGGGAUAGCUGUCCCCAAAACGAUACGUUGACUUUGCCUACCCGAGUCAUCGAUGUCGGCGAUGCGGCCUUACGACAGCCAUUUUUAUUCCAAACCGAAGGACAUCGAGCCCCGUAUAUCAGCUUAAGCCACUGCUGGGGAAACGACAAGUCUUCAUUUUUCACCACAACAUCCGCAACCUUGUCCGAAAGGCUAACUCGAAUCGACCUCGAUGAAGCUCCCCAGUCAUUUCGAGACGCCAUCGGCAUCACAAGACGGCUUGGCUACCAAUACCUGUGGAUAGAUAGCCUUUGCAUUCUGCAAGACUCCCACGAUGACUGGGCUGCCGAGUCGAGACGCAUGCAGGACUAUUAUAAGAACGCGGUACUCAAUAUCAUGGCAGAAGCCGCAGAAAGCGACAAGGAAGGGUUCCUCAACAUUGAUAAUCAACAUGCAUUUAGAAAGCAACGAGUCGACGAUGAAGAGAUCAUGAAAGUUCAAAUUCCCUUCCAUCAGAGUCUUUCGACCACACCCUCCUCCGUCUCUUUACGCAACCCCCCAGCCCGAUUUAGAGACAAGCUGAAAAUGCCCACCAUAUGGCGUGGAUGGAUACUUCAAGAGCACGUCUUAGCCCCUCGAGCAAUCCACUACAUCGGGUCACAGAUGGUAUGGGAGUGCCAGAGAUACAAGAUAUUCGAGGAAGACGCAACGCCAACGAUCACCCAAACGUACCUGGACGACUCGACAAAAAGGUUCUUUCUCACGGGAAACGCAUCUGAGCUAGCUCGCUACCUCAUCAACAACCCAAACGCGAAGGAAGACGAGGAAGCCGAUCCGUACGACCCUUGCUUCCGCUGGUACAGAAUCGUGGAGAACUUCAUGGACCGGGACUUGACGUUCCCAGAAGAUCGCUUCCCUGCCAUCUCCGGACUUGCUCGUGAGGUCCACGAUCAGACUGGCUACACGUACAAAGCUGGGCUGUGGGAGGAAGACAUACUCACUGGGCUCCUGUGGUGGACCUACGGCGAUGGUGUACCCCCGAAGCAAUACCGCGCUCCAUCCUGGAGCUGGGCAUCCAUCGAGACUCCCGACGUCGUGCAUAACGGGCUCUACUCCACAUUCAUGAUGACAUUCAUCGUAGAGAAGCCGCCAAGCGCAGGAGUGGCCACGCUGAUCUCAGUUGACGUCGAAACCGUCGAUGGAGACCCCUUCGGCUGUGUCAAGUCCGGAUCGCUUGAGAUGAGCGGCCACUGGAUUCCUGUGGCUGAUGUCAACCAUGAUUUGAAACCCGAGCAUUUUCACUACGACAUGUUGACUGAUGGAGUGAUCUACAUCACGCUCGAUUGCAAGCCCGAAGACGCGCCCGAGAAGAAACAGGAACCAGAUGUGAGCAAGUUGAGUCUCUUCCGGAUUGCGCGAGCGAAGAAGAUGGCUGGCGCGUUUACUUGGUAUGCUUUGAUCCUGGAAUCUAUCUUUGCCGCUGACGGUACGGAGAGGUAUCGGCGUGUUGGGGUGACGGGGAUCCCGAAUAGUUUCUCUUCGGAUGAAUGGGUCCUCAAGGAUGUCGUGAUUCUGUGA